CCGCCGCCCGGGCCCGGCCGGCCGCGCCGGGGGCCGCCGCGAGGUCGCCGCAGACAUGGACACCAAACAUUUCCUGCCGCUCGACUUCUCCACGCAGGUGAACUCCUCCUCCCUCAGCUCCCCCACAGCGCGCAGCUCCAUGGCGGCCCCCUCGCUGCACCCCUCCCUGGGGCCCAGCAUCGGCUCCUCGCUCGGCUCCCCGGGACAGCUGCACUCACCCAUCAGCACCCUUAGCUCGCCCAUCAAUGGCAUGGGCCCGCCCUUCUCGGUCAUCAGUUCCCCCAUGGGCCCGCACUCCAUGUCGGUGCCCACCACACCCACCCUGGGCUUCGGCACCGGCAGCCCCCAGCUCAGCUCGCCCAUGAACCCCGUGAGCAGCAGCGAGGACAUCAAGCCCCCACUGGGCCUCAAUGGUGUCCUCAAAGUGCCUGCCCACCCCUCAGGGAACAUGGCGUCCUUCACCAAGCACAUCUGUGCCAUCUGCGGGGACCGCUCCUCAGGCAAGCACUACGGGGUGUACAGCUGCGAGGGCUGCAAAGGCUUCUUCAAGCGGACGGUGCGCAAGGACCUGACCUACACCUGCCGGGACAACAAGGACUGCCUGAUUGACAAGCGGCAGCGGAACCGCUGCCAGUACUGCCGCUACCAGAAGUGCCUGGCCAUGGGCAUGAAGCGCGAAGCCGUGCAGGAGGAGCGGCAGCGAGGCAAGGACCGGGGCGAGAGCGAGGUGGAGUCGACCAGCAGCGCCAACGAGGACAUGCCGGUGGAGAAGAUCCUGGAGGCCGAGCUGGCGGUCGAGCCCAAGACCGAGGCCUAUGUGGAGGCGAACGUGGGGCUGAGCCCCAGCUCGCCCAACGACCCCGUCACCAACAUCUGCCAAGCCGCUGACAAGCAGCUCUUCACGCUGGUGGAGUGGGCCAAGCGGAUCCCGCACUUCUCCGAGCUGCCCCUGGACGACCAGGUCAUCCUGCUGCGGGCAGGCUGGAACGAGCUGCUCAUCGCCUCCUUCUCCCACCGCUCCAUCGCCGUGAAGGACGGCAUCCUCCUGGCCACCGGGCUGCACGUGCACCGCAACAGUGCCCACAGCGCGGGCGUGGGCGCCAUCUUCGACAGGGUGCUGACGGAGCUGGUGUCCAAGAUGCGGGACAUGCAGAUGGACAAGACGGAGCUGGGCUGCCUGCGUGCCAUCGUCCUCUUCAACCCCGACUCCAAGGGGCUCUCAAACCCAGCCGAGGUGGAGGCGCUUCGCGAGAAGGUCUACGCGUCCCUGGAGGCAUACUGCAAACACAAGUACCCCGAGCAGCCAGGAAGGUUCGCCAAGCUGCUGUUGCGCCUGCCCGCCCUGCGCUCCAUCGGCCUCAAGUGUCUGGAGCACCUCUUCUUCUUCAAGCUCAUCGGGGACACGCCCAUCGACACCUUCCUCAUGGAGAUGCUGGAGGCCCCGCACCAGAUGACUUAGGCCCGCUGGUCCCGGCCCGCCCCGCCCUCCUCUGCCCGCCUGGACCUGGGGGCGUGGCCCGCCACUGCUGAGCCUGUGCUGCCGGCCGCCCUCCCCGUUUUCCACGACUCGUCUGGACCCGGCAGCGGGCAUCCCGGGGCAGCCGCCAGAGCGGCAGGAGCCGGUGUGAGCCCUGGGGUUGGGGGGAACCCGGACGGGCUCACGGGGUACACGCCGCUAUCCCUGGAGCCACAGCGUUCAGAGGGUGGCAGGGCUCCGUCACGUUCUGUGGUCGCUGGGUUUGGAAAUCUCCCGUGGGAGGUCCUCUGUUUGCAAGGAUUCUCUGCCUCCUACGUUGGCUGGUGCCCUGCCCGCCCAGCUUCACCCGCGAUUGGGAGGAGGGGACAGGUGGGGGGGGCUGCCAAAGACCCCGACCCGCCUCCCAGGAGGAUGGGAGGGGCUCCAGCCCCUCAGAGUGAAGGGUGAGCAACCCCUUUUUCCAAAGAUGACUUUCAACCUGCUCCCCAAGCCAGUCAGAUUGGGAGCCGACCUCUGUGCUGGGUUUGGGGGUCGCCUAAGGCUGCAGGGACACCCGUGCACCCCAUCCCACCUGCGUGCUCUCUUUGCAUUGUCCUGGUUUCAGCUCCUGGUCCCACGGGGUCCUGUCCAGGCCGCCCCCAAACCUUCCAGCUUGUGCAGAGGGCUGAGGCUGGCCCCCAAUCCUGCAGGGCGCACCCGAUCUCUAGUGGACCGGAGGUCUGCUGCCCACCCAGGAGGCCCACGGGGAUGGGAGGGGAGGAGGGUCCUCGGUCGGCUGCGCACGCUGAGGGAGGCCGGCAGGGUCCAGAGCUGGAGGGGCCUGUGGGCACGCCGCUGUGGGGAGCAGACAGCUGGCCGGGGCCUGCGGCACUGUGGGCCGCGCUGCUUGGCUGGUGGGCAUCUCGUGGGCCCCUGGGGUGGGGAGCGGCCGAGCGCCAGCCCCCUGGGGUCGGGUGGGGCUCCCAGAGACAGGCUGUUGUCCUGUGUCCGUCCGCACCCGCUCUGGUCGGGGGCCCGGCCGGCCAGGCAGGCCCAGCCUCCUGGGCUGGCUCUCUCAGGGUGAAGGCCUCUGCACCGUUGCGUUCUCCCUCCGGUCCGUUUUUCCACCUCACACCCCGAAACCCAGCGUUUGUCGGCUGGGGGACCCGGAACUGCCAGCGGCCCCGGAGCAGGAGUGGGGGUCGGCGUUGUGGGUGCUCCCCCAAGCCUGUCUACCCCGGGGGGUGGGUGCGGGGGUGCCCCCGAGGCUGGGUGAGGACAGGCCAGCCUCCCGGCCUCCGUGGGGAAGAGGGUGUCCGUUCUUUGCCCUCCAGGGUCCAGCCCAGGCUGAGCGAGAGGCGCCUGGGCCGACCGUGUGGAGGACCCCACAGACGUCUCUUUGCUCUGGGGCCCCCAUUCCCGCCCCCAGGAGACGUGUCCCCGGCCGCCCCAGCACCCGCCCCACCCGCCCUCUGCGGCAGAGGUGGGAAGAGCCGGGGCCUGCCCAGCACCCCCGGAAGUCUUGGCCGCCUUGGGGGCGUGGUGGUGUCAGCAGAGUGACGCAGGCACCCCGGUGGUCCUCCCCCUGGGGUCCCCCCAGUGGUGGGUUUGUAAGGCUGCCCCUCACCCCGCACCCAGUGCCUUCUGCAGCUGGACACACCCCGUCCACGCCCCGCCCGCCCCGCUGCCCUGGACCACCCUGGAGACCAGGAGAGGGCCCUGUGGGGGCUGGCCUGGGGGCCCCCCGGCCACCCCGCCCCAAGCCCGAAGCCCCCGGCACCCCCUCCCCCGGCCUCCUGCCUCCCCCCCGCACCGGGCCCCCGGUGUCCUGGGGCCAAGUCCCCCAUCUUCUCCUCGGGCGCUGUCCUCGUAGCAUCCUUGCUGUGUUUGAAAAGGUGAUGGUGGGGAAAUGGCACGUUAUUCGGUAGAUAGACGUUUUCUUUAACCAGACCUUCAGUAGACCGAUCUGGUUCAAUUAAGGUGAUUUUUUUGGUAAUUAUUAUUUUGGUGGGACAGUCUUUAAUUUUCUAAAGAUAGCACUAACGUCAGCUUGUUGGCCAUCCUGUGCCAUCCCCACUUGCUGGAUGCUUCCAGCAGGCACCCCCACCCCCCGCAUCACCUCCCGCUCAGUCAUCAGGCGGGGCACCCGCGGCCGAGGAGCGAAGACGACUCCGUCUCAGGUUCGGAAGGUGUCGGCCAGGCCAGCCUCUGGCUUGUCCCCCACCGGGGGUUUCCUUGGAAGCCGGCCCACCCAGGGAUGUCUGUGCAGAGGGCACUCGCGUCAGCUGCUGGCCCUCAUCCCCCCGGGGGAGGAUGGCCUCCCACCCUGGGCGUCCCAGGAGGGUUUGGGCUGGCAGACCCCCCGGGCCAAGUGCUGGAGACCACGCCGCACUCCCUGCUCCGCGGAGGCCCUGGUUGGGCCCAGCCGGAACGUCCAGCUGGAGUGUGACGGGCUGACGUUGCUCCCAACGUGGGAUUUGGUCCCUGCGCACGCAGGUGUGUGUGGGCAACACCCGUGCUGUAGAGACCCCGCGUGCCCAGACCUGCUCGCCGUCCACAGACACACAGACCAGUUACCAGCGUUUUCUGUUUAUUUUUAAUCAAGACUCCCCCUCGACCCCAUUUUCCUAUAAAUUUGCUUGUUGUAAGCAAGUAUGUAAGGACCCCUUCUUUGGUGAAAUCCGGGUUCGAAUGAAUACCUUGAGGCAAGGAGACGCAUCUAUUUUAAGAUGCUUUGGAGCAAACAGCUUUAGCCAUUGCCAGUCCUUAGCAAUGCCUUAGCCGGGACGUGUAGCUCACAGAGAGGAUGACAUACAGAGAAACAGAGGAGACGUCUAAAGCGUCGGGAAAGGUAGAAAAAAAAAAUCUAUUUUUGUACAAAUGUAAUUUUAUCCCUCACGUAUAACUUGGAGGGCAUGGCGGGGUGGGGGGCUUGUUUUGUUUCUGCUUCUAGAGGUGAAGGCUCUCUGAGUCGACGUCGGGACGCCGGAUGGGCGCGCGGGCCUCGGACGACACUGCUGCGGGCGAGAAGGUGGGCCUGGAACUCUCGAGGGUUUUCCUCCCCUUCCGAGUAAUGGUCACGCCUCGCUCUGCGCUCUCCCCGUGGCCAGCUGGCCUUCCCGGGACUGACUGUGAAAUUACUUCCCCCCACGUGACUGUUCUCAAAAGCAUCGCGGCCGCAGGUGCCGGGAGAACAAUGGUGUCAGAAUUGUGGAAAAGAGACUCGAGCAAAACGGGGGAGGAGAAGCAAAACAUGAGCGUUUGAAAACA